AUGAUUUUUCCGAGUGUAUUCUGUAAAAACGCCCCUUCUAUAGCAAAAAACAUUAGUUUUUAACCAUUAUUAUAAAAAUUAAUAUAUUUCAAGGGUAUUAUUGAAUCCUAUAAGAUAAAUAGUGUGAAACAAACUAGAAACUUUAAAAACAUCCAAAAUGACCGAUUCAAAGUACUUCACAACUACCAAAAAGGGAGAAAUCUUCGAGUUGAAGUCUGAGUUGAACAGUGACAAAAAGGAAAAGAAAAAAGAGGCAGUUAAAAAGGUCAUAGCUUCUAUGACUGUGGGAAAAGAUGUAUCAGCACUCUUUCCCGAUGUAGUGAAUUGCAUGCAAACAGACAACCUGGAGCUGAAGAAACUGGUGUACCUGUAUCUGAUGAACUAUGCCAAGUCUCAGCCCGACAUGGCCAUAAUGGCAGUCAACACAUUUGUCAAGGAUCUACCAACAUACCAGCUUGUUAAGGAUUGUGAAGAUUCGAACCCCUUGAUAAGGGCUCUGGCUGUACGUACGAUGGGUUGCAUCCGAGUCGACAAAAUCACGGAAUAUUUAUGUGAGCCCCUCCGCAAAUGUCUGAAAGAUGAAGAUCCUUAUGUACGAAAAACUGCCGCUGUCUGCGUCGCCAAAUUGUAUGAUAUAUCGCCUAGUAUGGUGGAGGAUCAGGGUUUUUUGGACCAGCUCAAAGAUUUGUUGAGUGACUCUAACCCAAUGGUCGUAGCUAAUGCUGUCGCCGCUUUAUCAGAAAUCAAUGAAGCCAGUGUUUCUGGACAUCCUCUUGUGGAGAUGAAUGGCCCAACAAUAAACAAGCUGCUGACGGCCCUGAACGAGUGCACGGAGUGGGGCCAGGUGUUCAUACUGGACGCGCUGUCCAACUACACGCCGCUUAACUCGCGCGAGGCUCACUCCGUCUGCGAGCGCAUCACGCCGCGCCUCGCGCACGCCAACGCCGCCGUCGUGCUCUCCGCCGUCAAGGUGCUGAUGAAACUGAUGGAGUAUAUGUCGGAGGAGGAGGAUCUAGUAUCGACCCUGUCCCGCAAGCUGGCCCCGCCCCUCGUGACGCUGCUGAGCGCGGAGCCCGAGGUGCAGUACGUGGCGCUUCGGAACAUCAACCUGGUGGUGCAGAAACGACCUGAUAUAUUGAAGCACGAGAUGAAGGUGUUUUUCGUGAAGUACAACGACCCGAUCUACGUGAAGCUGGAGAAGCUGGACAUUAUGAUCCGGCUGGCGUCGCAGGCCAACAUCGCACAGGUGCUGGGCGAGCUCAAGGAGUACGCGACGGAGGUGGACGUAGACUUCGUCAGGAAGGCGGUGCGCGCCAUCGGCAGAUGCGCCAUCAAGGUGGAGCCAUCAGCGGAGCGUUGCGUGUCGACUCUUCUAGAACUGAUCCAGACUAAAGUGAACUACGUGGUGCAAGAAGCCAUCGUCGUGAUCAAGGACAUAUUCCGGAAGUACCCCAACAAGUACGAGAGCAUCAUCAGCACGCUGUGCGAGAAUCUUGAUACCCUGGAUGAGCCCGAAGCUAGGGCGUCUAUGGUAUGGAUAGUGGGCGAGUACGCAGAGCGCAUCGACAACGCUGAUGAGCUGCUCGACUCGUUCCUUGAAGGAUUCCACGACGAGAACGCACAGGUGCAACUGCAACUGCUGACGGCGGUGGUGAAGCUGUUCCUGAAGCGGCCGGCGGACACGCAGGAGCUCGUGCAGCAGGUGCUCGGCCUCGCCACGCAGGACUCCGACAACCCCGACCUCAGGGACCGCGGCUUCAUCUACUGGCGUCUGCUGUCCACGGACCCUGCGGCUGCCAAGGAGGUGGUUUUAGCCGACAAGCCCCUCAUCUCCGAGGAGACGGAUCUUCUGGAGCCGACCCUGCUCGACGAGCUCAUCUGCCACAUCAGUUCCCUGGCGUCCGUGUAUCACAAGCCGCCGACAGCGUUCGUUGAAGGUCGCUGCGCUGGCGUACGCAAGUCUCUGCCGGCGCGCACGUCGGAGGACGCGGCGCCGCAACCCACUGUCAUACCCAACCAGGAGUCUCUCAUCGGCGAUCUACUGUCGAUGGACAUCAGCGGUCCGCCGGCGCCCGCCGCGCCCGCAUCUAACCUCGACCUGCUCGCCGGCGGACUUGACGUGCUCCUGGGCGGUCCCGCGGUAGGUGGUGCGGCUGCAGCGCCGGCAGAGGGCACGUCGUCGCUGCUGGGCGACAUAUUCGGCGCGCCCGCCCCCGCUGCGCACACCCCGCCCCGCGCCUGCUGGCUGCCCGCUGACAAGGGCAAGGGUCUGGAAGUAUGGGGGACGUUCAGCCGGCAGGGCGGGCAGCCGAAGAUGGAGUUGACGUUCACCAACAAAGCCAUGCAGGCUAUGAGCGGGUUCGCCAUACAACUCAACAAGAACAGUUUCGGUGUGUACCCGGCGGGCGCGCUCGCAGUGGGCGCGCUGGCGGCGGGCGCGAGCGCCACGGCGACGCUGCCGCUGGCGGUCGGCGGACCCGUGCAGCGCAUGGAGCCGCUCAACAAUUUGCAGGUGGCUAUCAAGAACAACAUCGACGUGUUCUAUUUCGCGUGCCUGAUCCCGGCGCACGUGCUGUUCACCGAGGACGGGCAGCUCGACAAGCGAGUGUUCCUCACCACGUGGAAGGAGAUCCCCGCCGCCAACGAGGUGCAGCACACGAUCUCCAACGUGCUCGGCACGGCGGACACCAUCGCGCAGAAGAUGACCCUCAACAACGUCUUCACCAUCGCCAAGAGGAACGUGGAAGGCCAGGACAUGCUGUACCAGUCCCUCAAGCUGACGAACAACAUCUGGGUCCUGCUGGAGCUGAAGCUGCAGCCCGGGAACCCCGAGGCCACGCUCAGCCUCAAAUCCCGCACGGUAGAGGUCGCCACCUGCAUAUUCCAAGCGUACGAAUCGAUCAUCAAGUCGUAAUCUCAGUUAUCCAUGUUGAAAUUGUUAAGAUUAUAUCUAAAGUAUUACAUAAGUUAUUAUAGACUUUGUAUGACUCGUAAUUCCACUAGUUGUAUAUUAAUAGUUACGAGGAUGGCGUUGAAUGCUUCGUAUUAUUUAAAAUGUAUGAAUUGUGGGCGGAGUGUACGUUAUGUAGCAUUUCGUUUAGACAAAUAAAUCUACAUGUUACGUAUA